AAACACAUAUUUAUACAUGCACUAUUUUAUUGACUAGGUAGGUAAAAAUCUCAUUUUAGUCUCAUUUUUUUUUAUAAAAGGCUCAUUUUACUUAAACACAACCGAGACGAAUAUACAUUAAAAGUGAAAGCACCUUAUAUACAAGAUAAACUCAACGGAACGAUAAUAUUCAAAUAAGCACUUUGUUUAAAAUGCCCACAGACGUAACUGAAAUGUUCGUCAAAGAUAUGUUCAUUACAAUAUCGCGAAAAUGCGCAGCUUCAGCUAAUCCAUAAUAUCUUAGCUAUUUGCUAUUAAGUUUUAGGCAAAUUCGCCAUCUUUCGCGGUGAAUCUAUCGGUUUGGUUGCGUGCCUGUUACUAUGAGUUCCAAGUGAAUUUCAUCUCUUUUCUGUACAAUGAGUGACUCUCUAUCUUCAUGAUAUGAUGCUCACUGAUAACGAAAUGCUCUCAACGUACACAAAACGUUCUAUUUCCUGCAAUUGAUAACCAUCAAAUAGUAAUCAUUAAAAAAUUACACAGUAAGGCGAAACACAUUCGACGAUAUUAGAGUACAUCAAAAAACCAUUAACAUGGAUCUAGAUGAUUCGAACGAUGACUUCGUCGCGGGAUCGAGCAGACGAGCUAGAAGAAGGCUUGCUAAGGUUCAUAUCCGAACCUCCUCCGCGUAGGAUCCCCAACAUCAACAACAACAGUUGGCGCUAUUUGCAGACCUGGGCUUGAAUCGUUAAGCAAAAAUCAGCCUCUCUGCCGGGAGUGUCGUCAUAGCAGCAGACGGUUCAGAAAAGUGAGUGCGGCACCUUGACCACAGUAGAGCAACAGCAACGAUGACAACAUAAGCGGGGAGAAGUGUUAUUGGUAGCCGCAGUACACACAGACAGCCGUAAUAGCAGUUGCAGCAGCUGCUGCUGCACUUGUGUGAACGAAGUGACUACCAGAUAGCGAGUAUUUGUGUGUGCAUUGUGUUGCAGGUGCCGACCGUGAUCGUUAUCAUGUCGAUGGAUGGUAACUAAUACAGUACUCAUCCCGUGUCGAAUUGACGGCUGAACGGCGUCAAAAGAUCUUCUCCUGUUAGUGUUUUUCUUUCAACGUUCUGUGUGACUACAAACGUCUUACAGAUCACUCAAGCGUUAUAUGUUGACAGCCAGCUCCAGCUAGCUGGGACGCCCAUGGCAAAGGUGCAAUUUGUUAUGGAUUUUAAGAUCAUUCAUUGGCUGAGUGCGAAUUUCGCUACUCUGCAGUCACAAAUCAUGUACGGGGCAAACAAUAAACCGUGAGCAGGUCAUAACGAGAGCUCGGGUCCAGGUGGUUACAACCGACGGGUCAGUUGGGAACUGCAACUACAAUCGACGGGGAAAGGAGCAAAGGAGAACGAGAUGGCAGACAGUGAAUCGGUCGGCAUUGCCUCGCCCCAGCCAGUAGGUUUGGUCAAAAAGUGUUCUGUAUGUGCUGCUGAAGUCAGCAUUAAAUCCGAACCGUUUCUGUUGCCGUGUCUGCAUACGGCAUGCAAAGCGUGUCUUCCCGACGAUCAAUUAACGGUACAAUGUGGACAUUGCGAGCAGGCUUUCCCGCCGAGUGCUGCCAUUCGCCAUCUUGUGCUUCUCGAACGUUUGGAGAAGGAUUCGCCCGAAGAGGAAGCAGGCUCGGAAGAGGCCGGGCCGAAAAAUCUCUGCACUUCAUGUGACGAAAACGUCGCCGCUGGAGGUUACUGUAAGGAUUGUGAAGAGUGGCUAUGUGCGGCUUGUAUUUCGGCUCACCAACGCGUUAAGGUGACCAAAGACCAUGUCAUUCUGUCAACUGAACAGGCAGGCCAAGCAUUGAAGGCCGCGGCAAAACAGCGAUACCAGAUGUGCACAAAACAUCCGAAAGAACCGCUAAAAUUCUACUGCAGCAAAUGCUCGGCUCUUACGUGUCGCGAUUGUCAACUCGAGGAUCACCAGAACCACGGGGACUAUUUAGCUCUUGUUGCCGCCUGGAAGACGCAAAAAGAGAAACUUGAAAUAUUGCAGAAGCGUAUCGCCGAAAAGCAGGCAUUCGUGCGGGAAUAUGUCGCUUCACUGGAAAAAUGCCAAGAAGCCAACGCCCAGGCUGAAUCGAAGGUUGUGGCAGACAUUAGAGCCUAUGCCGUGCGGGCUAUAACGUUAAUCAACGGGCGAGCGAAGAAACUCAUCCGGGAGGUUCAGGACAUUUGCAAUUACAAGAGAGACGCGCUCAGUUACAAACGUCACGAAUUUCUUCAACUGUGCAAGCGUUUGCUCGACUGUCAUGCGACAGUGGACGAUCUUGUCUCAACUGGCAGCGAAUUAGCGCUUAUGCACUCGAAACAAGCUAUGGAACGCCAUAUGGGCGCGCUUAUCGAACGGGUCGUCCAGUUACCCAGCAGCAAGGCUGAGAUUAAUAUAAAGUUCAACUUUGAGCCGAAAAUUCUCGACGCUAUGGCAAAUGUCGGCAAUAUCCUCGACAUGUCCUCGUUACGUGGGGCACCGAUGCACGGUCUCCGAGCACAACUCAACGGCCAACAGAGCCGUCCACAAUCAGCUGGUGGGAUGAUGGCCAAUGGCCGUUCGGUACCGAGUCCUUCACUGUCCAGUAAAAGUAAUUCACCUCAUAGCCUAGGAGGAGUUCCUCCUUCAAGCCAACAACAUUCUGACAGACCUCUGUCUGGGUCAUCACGAGAUCGCGAUCACGAACGAGAACGAGAGCAUCAUCGAAGACCGACACCAACAACUUCACCUCUUGACGCCGGAAAUAAAGAUGACGUGAUUACGGGCGAUGUGGAGCCGCCAAGCGGCGGUCGCAUAGCGCCCUCGCCGUUAUCCGCCGUGCCCUCCAGCGCAACGUCAAGCUCAGUGAGCAACUCUGCGUCAACGUCAGCAGCCGAAAGAAGAGCAACCGGAGUCAGCCCGGCCGAACUCCAUCCACAGGGACCGCCUGCUUCAGCAGAGGAUAACGAUAACAGCGACGACUGGUGCGCAGUGUGCCACGACGGAGGAGAACUCCUUUGCUGUGGACUUUGCCCGAAGGUUUAUCAUCUUCAUUGUCACGUACCUUCGUUAGUGUCCACUCCAAGCGAGGACUGGAAAUGUACACUGUGCACGCCUGUACAGGAUGACCCGGCUCCAGCUGCCACGAAAGAUGGCACUGGAAAGAGAAAAAUACCCGUGGGUCUAAGCGGUAAACAGCUGAAAACGGCUGAGAAAAUUCUACUACAGCUAUUUUGUCACGCUUCGUCAACGCCGUUCCAAACUCCUGUUAGCCGGACGGUCCCGAACUACUUCAAGAUCAUUACGCGGCCGAUGGACCUAUCGACGGUCAAACAGAAGCUCUCGGCAAGUCACUUCAAUCAUUAUGAGAGUGCGGCCGCUUUCAUACAGGACAUCAAACUGAUUUUCAGCAAUUGUUACACGUUUAACGCGAAAGAGUCACCGCUAGCGAAACAAGCUCAGCUACUUGAGGAGUAUUUCAAGCUGUUGAUAGAAAAGGAGCUACCAGAGUGUGUUAACGACCUUCAAGAAUCUCAGUCAGAAGACGUAUCGGAUGCAGCCAAAAAGGCGAAGACAACUUGAGACGCGCACAAGAAAAUGCUACAUUCUAUGGUUCCCAAAAAGCAUAUUUAACAGCUGAAACAUGGGUGUAUUUUACGAACACGGCGUGCGAUGCGUAGGCGGCUUGAUGACUGACGACCAUUUUGACUGCUGCCAACUGCAGCGAAGUAGAAGCACAACGAUGGAUCUUAAAAGAUACAGAGAUUAGUACAUGAAUGUACAGGAAAUCCAGACGUUCUUGAGUGUACGUCUACGACACCUCUUGGCUAUCAAGUAAGAUCAGAAUCCAUUGCAAUAAGUAAUAAAACUCACCCGGUGUUUAAUGAAUAGGCUUAAAUACAUAGGCUUAAAUAUGAAGGCACAGCUCUGUCAGCUGGAAAGGCCCAAUUAUAAAACAAUGUUACUGUGAGACUUUCAGGGGGCUUAGUGUGUGUGCAUGUGCUCUAAUACAAUUCAAACCAUUAUUUAUGUUUAUGAGCGAUUCGUCACAUAGUAAUGGUUUCAAUCAAUGAGACCGCGCCGUGCUUCAGCGUGCAGUGUAAAUACUCUACGAGUGAAAUAUGUUAUUAAACAUGCUAUGUAUACAUGUCAUGUCAUUGCUACCUGACGUGAAACACAAACAAGUACUUAGUCAAUGAAUGAGUAUAUAAAGUACAGUUCUAUAACCGACGCUAGUGGCAAUGCAAGUUUCAGUUUCUAAACCAUUGUCUGUACAUCAAACAUGUUGCCUGCCAACGGCGGCGUAUGUUCUGUACGUAUUUGAAUCGACAUUCGAAUUCCGUCGGUGGUUUCUGGAACUGACAUGGGAUGCAGUAUCCAUGUACAAGUCACUUGGGGUAUACUACUAGACGCGGGCACAUAUAAGGAUCUUAAAAUCUAGCAAAAAGUCUAACAAGCAAAGAUGACCAGAAUGACUCAAGCUCCAUAAUCUCCUCCGUCAGAAAUGAGAGUCACGAUUGGCCAUCUUCAUUGUUGGCUUUUGCUGACGUAAGAACAAAAUAGCGAAUUGUAAACGAACAACAAUGAAAAGCAAAUUAUAGAAGAACCGAUGUUGUCUCCUGUCUGUAUAUUACCGCUGUCCCAGACACAGUAGUACUGAUGCAAUCGACCAGCAACACAUGUUCCGGACGAUAGCAGUUACUGUAUUAUGUAUUAUAAUGUAUAUUAUUCAAUCGAGUUAUAUUUGCUUGUGUAUCAACCGUUUUUUUUGAGGUGUCAAUAAGGAUUAAGCUAAUACCAAUAAUAAUUUAUAGUAUAUUAGUGCUGGACAUGAGUCCUAUACGAAUGAAACAUGUCAAGUCAGAUAAAUGUUUCGAAUUGGAUCAGCAGAGCUCAGGAAUUGAACAUCAACUGCAUUCGUGUAGAUAUAUACACAUGCGAACAUGUAUUACGGAUAAUUGCUGAUGACACGAACUCAUACAUCUGCUCUUAAAGGGUGGCAUCUGGGAAUGUUUUGUGUUGACCUAUUUUAAAUGCAUAGUUAGUUAACCUCGACACCUUUGAUACUGAAAAUAAACUAUUAUAUAUAGUAUACAUAUUAUAAAUGUAAA